UCAGGUGAAAAAGCAGCAGUUCUCUUGCAGCUGACAUGCUGAGGCUUCUCUUUGUUUGCUGUUCUCACGCAUCCUGGAGAAACUGUAUUUUGGGCUCUACCUGCCAAAGGAGGCGACAGAUGUUGCCAAUUCCCGUGGAACAGAGGCUUCAAAGCCAUGUGCCUGCUGCUCUCCUGCCUCAGUAUCCCUGCUGCUCUGCUCCUGCAGAAACUUUCCCCGUGGCCAAGGAACACGUCACUCGGGUUCAUUUUUUUAGUGUCUGAGGAUAUUCCUGACCUGGGGGAUGUGGCUGCCUGGAGACCCUCCCCGUGGUGUCAGCUCGGCCUCUGCUCACUGAAACCUCCCUGACCGAGGGAUGUGCUUGGAUUUCGGCUCCUGCUGACACUUUGCACACUUCAUCAGGCUGAGUCAUUCUGGGGGGAGCCUCUUGCCUCUCCUCCCUAACCAUCUCCUCCAGCUCCCCGGGAAAGGCGCCGCGGGAGCCCCGAGCGCGGCUGCGCCGUGCGGAGCGGGAUCCUUGAGGAACAGCGGAGCAGUUCGGAAAUUAAAAGCCAUUUCAUUAUAGGAAAUGAAUGUUUAAUGAGCGUAGGAUGACGUCUAGACAGCCCCUCGGUUCCAGGCUCUGGGAGGAGGGCUCAGCUGACGCACCAGCACCGGCUCAGAGCCCAGGGGGAGGUUUGGCAGAGCUUUCCCGGGCGCUGAGGUCCCCGUGUGGGACAGACAUCCUGGCACAGAAAGGAGCUCCUGCCUCCACGUCUUCUCGCUGCAGAUGCCCCUCGUGCCUCUCUGGGCAGAGCCCCAAGGAUCUGUGGCCACAGAGGGACGUGCUGGCAGGGGGAGGCUUGGCCGAGUGCCUGGCCCCGGCCUGGAGCACACAGCCACACUCCCCUGCUCCCUGGGGAAUGGGAAAGCACAUCCCAGCCUUUGCCGUGUCAUGGGCUUUGGAGUUGUGACAUGAAACCUGGGCUGACCUGGGGACAGCCUGGCAGGGUGGGGGUGAGUACUUGUGAGCCUUUGGGUCCUGCCCAGAUGAAGAUGUUUUAAGGCUACAGAAAUGGGGGUUUAAAUGCAGAGAUUUGGAUGUAGGUCCCCAAAAGAUCCCCCUGCCAUGCUGGAAAUGCUGACUGUCCUCUGCAGAAGCUCUGUGCUGUCGAUGUUAGAGGUUCUGGCUGCCUGGUGGGGAGAGGCAGGAGCACAUCAGCUCCUUCAGGAAAGCUCUCCAGCUCCCAUCCCAGGCACAGAGGCCGCUGGCUCAGUGUGCUCACCCUAGCUCAGUGAAAGCAACCACAGACAUGAAUUUUGAGGCCUCUUGGCAGGGGCAAGGAGGUGGAAAUAAUGCCCUUUGACUUCUUCCCAGAGGCUGCCUGCUUGGCUCUGGGGAUGGCAGCAGGGAACGAGCCCAAGGCGCUGCCACGCACGGCACGGGAGAUGCUGGUGGGACCCCCCUCCCUGUGCACCCACCCUGCUCUGUCCCCCCUUUAGCAGCAGCAGUGUCCCCUGCAUGGAUUCCCAGCCUGAAGAAGUGCUUUGAUGUUCCUGGAGCUGGUGAUGGGGGAAUUGCUCCCUAGGACACCUCACUGUCCCUGUAAAGCUGCAGGGAUUGAUGCCACAGUAUCUGGUGCUGGGCACAGAGCUGUGCACAGAGCUCCCAGGAGAGCUUCUUGGCAUUCCCAGGAUGCUGAGUUUGGGGAGCUCCUUGGUUCCUGGGCCUACCCUGAUCACCCCUGAGAACAGCCCCGAGUUGUUGGAGGUGUGAUGUCCCCAGGAAUGGUGGCAAUAAUGGCACCUUUGUGCCCAGGGGAGAAAAAUCCCACAUAGGGAGAGGAGUACACUCUCUCUCCAUGGGACAUUCCACUCCAGCUUUCUCAAACCCUGGGACUUCUGCAGCAUGGACACCUACAAACCACUGUGCCAACAGCCUCUGCCUACAAACCACUCUGCUCAUGGCACGUCACAUCCUGGUGUCUCAGGGGGUUGGUGGGACCUGGGGACACCACCUGAGGCUGAUGGGGAGGGCUGGGUGUCAUCUUCUGAGGGUUUGUUUUUGUUUUCAGCCUCCUUCAGUUGUCUUUUCCCUCCCUGCUUUGCCAAGGCAUUUCCAUAUGGGUGUGGGAGGUUGGGAGAGCCACGGGCCGAGGGAUUGGGGGUGGACUUUGUGGAACUGGUCUCCUGCUACAUUUAUCCAAUGGACAUGAUUGAGAAACCAAAAUAUAGCAUUGUCCAAGAGCAUCGUGAGUUUUACCCAGCCUCAGACCUCCUAGAGCUGGGCUCCUGUCUGACUUCUUGCUCCCCAGAAAGCUUGGGCGACAUUCCUUUGGGAGCCAAGGGAUGUUUCCCUCACAGCCUCUGUGCACUGCAGAGGUCAUGGCCCUUCAGCAGAGUCUUGUUGGGCACUGGGAGCAGGUCCUGCAAGACCUGCCUGGCUGCUGGGAAAACAUCUGGCUGGAUCUUACCGAGACACACAUGGGGUGCUGCUGCCAUAUGGCAGCUGUGAGGCAACAGCUCUGCUCCGAGCUUUGCUAACGCACAGAAAUCCUGCCUGGGAGCCUGUGCUGAGCUGCUCUGGGCAGGAAGCAGUAACCACAGAACUAUAUAUACAGCUCCCAGCAGAGCUGCUGCUGCUGCUUUUGAUGUGACAAAAAGAAGUUGGUGUUUUGCAAAAAAAAUCCGUCGUGUCGCCUUCUUCCGGAGCUGACACGGAGAGGGCAGAGCUGGGGCUGGCUCCUGGGUGGGCUCUGGCAGGAGAACUGGGAUGGGGAAGUGAGGAGGUUGCCUCCAAAACCCACGUGGUGCUGGAGGCCACGGGGUCCCUGAGCCGUGGGGAGCAGCCAUGUGUUGGAGUGUCAGGGGCUGUGCUCUGCCCCCCCGCUCCUGCCAGGGUUUCACUGAGCCAGUUUGGAUGGUGCCACGGCUGAGGAUUCCAGGAAGGUCUGGGCUUUUUCCCUGGGUGGAAGUUGAAUGCAUAGAGAUGGCAAAUGUCACCCACAGGGGAUGAAGCCUGGCCCCAAAGGCCAGUUGUCCCCCAGAGGACAUGUAGCCCCUCAUCUCCUGAAAUCAGCCCCCAAAUCCCACCGUGCCCCUUUGCUGCCUGCACCCCAACCCUGCCAGCCCCCCAUGCAGCCAGGCUGGCCUCACUGUGGGGCUGGGCUGGGCAUGAGGCUGUGACCCCUCUGCUCCUGCCCUUGGCAGGUGAAGCUGUGAGGUUCUGCAGGACCUGUGGUCUGUGCCCUGGGCAGGUGAAGCCCUGCAGACCUGUAGGACUGUGGUCUGUGCCCUGGGCAGGUGAAGCUGUGAGGUGCUGCAGGACCCCUUCCUGGGCAGGUGAAGCCCUGAGGACCUGCAGGACCCCUUCCUGGGCAGGUGAAGCCCUGCUGUGCCUCUCCUGUACUGUUUUGCAGAGCGGGGCUGACUACGGCUUCCUCGUGAGCCAGAACACGAAGCUCCUGAGUGCCCUGGAGGACCUGCGGCACCGCUGCUCCAGCCUGGCCGAGGAGAACAGCCUGCUGCGCAGGAGCUGCUUCCCCCAGACGGAGGAGAAGGUGAAGCACCUGAAGAGGAAGAACGCGGAGCUGGCGGUGAUCGCCAAGCGCCUGGAGGAGAGAGCCCGGAAACUGCAGGAGGCAAACCUCAAAGUGGUCACUGCUCCAGUGGCUCUGAAGGGCUCCAGCCUGGAGCUGUGUAAGAAAGCCUUUGCCCGCCAGCGUGCCAAGGACCUGACAGAGCAAGCCAGUGCCCUCCUGGCCAAAGACAAGCAGAUUGAAGCUCUGCAGCAGGAAUGCCGGGAGCUGCAGGCUAAACUCUCGGCAGGAAAGGACGACCCUCGCUGCCUCAACGUCAUCGAGUUCGACCGCCUGCUGCGGGAGUCCCAGCGGGAGGUGCUGAGGCUGCAGAGGCAGAUUGCCCUCAAGAAUUUCAAGGAGUGUCUGCGUCCCCCCAAAAUGAGCCCAGGCAGUGCCAGGCCGAGCGCUGCCCCACGCCUGGGACCGAACACCGGCAGCAAAGGUUCACCUCUGCCAAAGGAGGCCUCCUUGGGAGACCCGACGCUGGGAGGGAGAGCUCGCAGGGAGGUGGAACCAGGUGUGCAACCACUGGGACCUGCCUCUGAAGGACAUGAAAAUUUCCCUCCCAAAAAUGCAAUAACAGGCCAAGAGAGCAGCAAACAGAUCCAGCAGCUGGAAUUUGAACUCAAGAAAAAGCGCAAAAAAUGUGAAAACCUUGAGCAUGAAGUGAGGAAAAAGCAUAAAAGAUGCAAAGAACUAGAGAUCCAGCUGCAGGAGGUGCAGAGUGAAAAUGCACGACUGGCUGAGGAGAACUUGCAGCUGAACGAGAGGGCUGGAUGGGCAGGACAGGUUGAAUCUGAGAAUGCUGACCUGAAACUGCAGGUUGUUUUGGUGACCAAGGAACGGGAUUCAGUGAUUCAGACGAACCAAGGACUCCAAACCAAGCUGGAGAAUCUAGAGCAGGUGCUGAAGCACAUGAGAAAUGUGGCCGAGCGCAGGCAGCAGCUGGAAGUGGAGCACAAGGAAGCCCUGCUAGUCCUGCAGGAGAAGCAGGAGGAGGUCCGGCGGCUGCAGCAGGCGCAGGCAGAGGCAAGAAGGGAACAUGAAGGAGCAGUACAGCUUCUAGAGGCCCGGGUGAAGGAUCUGGAAGAUCAGUGUCGCAGUCAGACAGAGCAGUUCAGCCUCCUGUCCCAGGAGCUCCAACAAUUCCGGCUCCAAACGGGAAAAAUCGACCUUCUCACCUCCACUCUGGUGACUUCAGAGCUGCCCCUUGCUCUGUGCAGCUCCACCCCACAGCCCCCCUGGGAGAAGGAAUCAACUGUUCCUGGGUUGCUCCCUCACCAGAGCACUAAGAAGGCUCACAAUGAAGGGGCUGAGGAGUUGGAGUCAUCCCUUAGGGUGCCUGACACCCCUGGGGGCUCCCCAGCUGCUCCCACCAGUGCUCAGAAACAAGCCAAGAAAGUGGAAUCUCAGUCCAGCUCUUCGAAAUCAGAGUCCAUGCACAACAGCCCCAAGUCCUGCCCAACUCCAGAGGUGGACACUGCAAGUGAAAUGGAAGAGCUGGAUGUUGACAGCAUCUCCCUCAUGCCAGAGCCAGGCAGCCAAGGCCCUGCAAAGCUCCAGGUGUUCUUAGCUCGAUACAGCUACAAUCCUUUUGAUGGACCUAAUGAAAAUCCAGAGGCAGAGCUUCCACUGACUGCUGGAGAAUAUAUUUACAUCUAUGGGGACAUGGAUGAAGAUGGCUUCUUUGAAGGGGAGCUGAUGGAUGGCCGGCGAGGGCUGGUCCCCUCCAAUUUUGUUGAGCGGGUUUCAGAUGAUGACCUCGUGACGUUUCUGCCUCCGGAGCUGAAUGAUCUCACCCAUAGCUCAUACCAGGAGAAAAGUUUGAUCAGUGCAAGCACCAGCAGUGGAGAUAAGAGUGAUUUCUCCAUUGAAGAGAGUAGCAUCAGCCCGCUGGCCAGUAGAGCAGAAGGAGACCAGGAGGAGCCCGUUAGUCACACAGCAGUGCCUUACCCACGAAAACUGACUCUGAUCAAGCAGCUUGCCAGAAGCAUAGUUGUAGGCUGGGACCCACCUCUUUUGCCAGCUGGCUGCCCAGACAUACAAAGCUACAACAUCUAUGUGGAUGAAGAGCUACGUCAGAACGUGAAGAGUGGCCUUCAGACCAAAGCAGUGAUUGAGAAGCUGGACUUGCAGAGCAAGGCCUACCGCGUGUCCGUGCAGGCAGUGACCGAGCGCGGCAGGUCCGACAGACUGCGCUGCACCUUCUUUGUGGGGCAGGAUUUUGGGGUGGCACCCACCAUGCUCAAGGUCAGGAGUGUCACUGCCACGUCAGCAGAGGUCACGUGGCUCCCCUGCAACAGCAACUACAGCCACGCCGUGUACCUCAACGGGGACCAGUGCGACGUGACCAAGCCCGGGGUCUACUGGUACACCUUCCGCAACCUGCAGCCCAGCACCCAGUACGUGGCCAAGCUGGAGGCCAGGCCCAUGAAAACACCCUGGGAAGAGGUGCCAGAGGGGCAGGAGCAGGACUCAGCUGUGAUUCACUUCACUACCCCACUAGCAGGCACACCUGAUGCUCCUUUGGAUGUCCAGGUAGAAGCCGGUCCCUCUCCAGGUAUCCUUGUUAUCAGCUGGUUACCUGUCACCAUUGAUGCCGAGGGGUCUUCCAACGGGGUCCGAGUCACCGGCUAUGCCGUGUACGCCGAUGGACAGAAGGUGAUAGAAGUUACUUCUCCAACAGCUGGGAGUGUCCUGGUGGACCUGUCCCAGCUCCAGAUGUUCCAGGUGUGCCGGGAGGUUUCGGUGAGGACGAUGUCUCAGUAUGGGGAGUCGGUGGAUUCAGUUCCAGCCCAGAUUUCCUCGCUCUUGCUCCGAGCCUAUCCCUGCACUUCACCUGCCUCCACCACUGUUACCUCCAGGCUGCCCAGGGGCGUUCCCAGGGGCUCCCUGCCUGCCCACAGCCCAUCCACACACCCCACUCCUGCGCUCCUGCUCCGACAGAACAUUCCUGCUGCGAGCUCAGAUGCCAAAUUGACUGAUGUCUCCUCUGGCCCCGCCGGCCCGGCGCGGGCUCUGCCAGAGAAAGCCUCCUCAGCACCACACCUCUCCUCUCCCAGUGCUUCCUUGGUGCAGGAUUUGGGCACUUCCCCACAGGGAUUGGAUACUGCAGGAGACAAGAAAUGCCUGUCUGUGCCUCCCCAGCAGGCUGGGAACACAGUGCUCCAUGGGGAGGGCACGGAGCCUGGCCCUGCCAGGGAACCAGGAUUGCAAGGCCUGGGAGAAGGCACAGAAGUGCAGAUGGAACAAUCUGGAUCCAAAGCUCCAGAGCUGGAAGGCCCCUCUGACAGCAGCGUGAAGCUCCAUGUGGAGACCUCUGUGGAGGAGUCCCCCAAAGGUCCCAGUGCUGACAGACAGGAGGCAGAGGAGAAGCAUCUGAGCCCAGAGCCUGUGUCCUCACCCAGCCAGGCUGAGGGGACACAGGACACCUUCCGAGAUGGGAACGCGGGCGGGAGCAGCUGCAGGUUGUCUCCUGGCAAGGAGGUGAUGAAAGAAAUGUCCAGAGUGAAAAGAGAGCAAGAAGAAAAACUGGCUGAAAUGGGCCGCCGGCAGCUGACCCUGUUCUCUGAGCACAACCGGAGUUCUGAGCUGUCAGAUAUUUUGGAAGAGGAGGAAGAAGAUGAACUGUCUUCAGAAGCUCUGGAAGACAAGAAAUGGGACCAGAGUGAGCCAUGUAACCAGGAGAAUGGGGAAAAGAUGGAUCUUUGUGAUACUGACAGCGAUGAGGAGAUUCUGGAGAGGAUACUGGAGCUCCCGCUUCAGAAGAACCACAGCAAGAAGUUGUUCAGCAUCCCUGAAGUGACUGAGGACGAGGAGGAAGAGGAGGAUGAGAAGUGUGUGACAGAAGAAAAGACAGACCCUCAAGAUUCCUUGGAAACACAGACCUACCAUUCAGGGAGGACAGAGAAGCCUCCCAACAGCAAGGAGCCAUUUCCAAAGGCAGAUGGGAAUAACACCUCUGUGGUGUCUGCUCAGACUCCACGGGAGGAGCAUGGUGCUAAGGAGAGCAGAGGGGAUGCUGACCGUGCAAACCCUGCCUUUGGCCAGCUGGCCUGGGCUCAGAAGAAGGCAAACUGGAGCUGGGGUUACCAGGAGAACGAUCCGAAGCCUGUGAGUGGGGCAAGUCCCUCUGGGAGCAAGAAGAAGGGAAAUAACUAUCGAGAGAAGAUCCGGAGUCGGCCUGAGAUGGGUAGGAAGAGACAGAGUGAUUUAACAGAGCACUGCAGUCGCCUGCUGGGCAACUGCAGCCAGAUGGGCAGUGGGUUGUACAGAGCUCCCAGCCUCAGGGAGGAGCUCAACGUGGUCAGCAGUGCCAGUGGUAAGGAAGGGAUGGAUCUGUACAGCCGUGCCAGACAAGGCACCCUAAGGAAAAAAACCCCAAAGGCAGCGGGUUCAGGGGGCACAGAACCUGCCGUGAUGGCCACGCGCUGCUCCAGCCCCAGGAGCCUGGAGAUAGACAUUGAAUACGACUCUGAAGACGAUCAGGAUUCGACCUGUGCUUCUUCCCCUGAGAGCAGGCUGUGGCCAGAGAGGUCCCAGAGCUCUCAGGGCGACUGGAGUGAUUGCUCCAGUCAGUCUGAGGCUCCCCACACGGAUGGCAGAAGGGACCUGACCAGGCUGGAGGUGAUGGAAGAGCAGGGUUUGGAAUGGGCCGCGUCUCCGAGCCGGCGCGUGCGAUUCUUCCACCGGGAGAAGGAAUGUGAGAGCAGCUCUGAGGAGCAGGGCUGGGAGCUGGACUGUAAGUCACCUGGCUGGAGAAGGAGGCUCGAACAUCCUUCGAAGGGGAUACGUAGCACCUCCUUGCACAAAAGGGCAUCCAGUAAUAAAGAUUCCAGGGGCCCGGAGCUGGCCGGCACAGCCUGGCAGGCUCCCAGCAGGAGACGGAGCAAGAGCGUAAGAAGAAGCCAAAUGCAGAAACCUUUGCUCUCUAGUGCAGGUCCUCCCAGGAGCACCGCUCCCGAAACCUCUGCCAAGGAGGAUGGCAUUAGGAUAUUUGUGGCUCUCUUUGACUAUGAUCCUGUCUCUAUGUCUCCUAACCCUGAUGCAGCAGAAGAGGAGCUGCCAUUUAAGGAGGGACAGAUCCUGAAGGUGUGUGGAGACAAGGAUGCUGAUGGCUUUUACAGGGGUGAAUGUGCAGGAAGGGAGGGAUACAUCCCAUGCAACAUGGUCUCAGAAGUGCAGGUGGACAGUGAUGAACUCAAGAAGCAGCUCCUGAAGCAAGGGUUCCUGCCUGCUGACACAGCCACGGAGAGCCAAGGAAAUGGCACAUUUUCUCCACCUCCACGCCGCCAAACCGUCCCUCCUCCAAAACCCAGACGCUCCAAGAAAGGGCUGGAUAAGGAAGAGAAGUACAAGUCUCAGCCAGGACAGAAACAUGAAGACAUUGAAGCAGAACUGCUGACUCCUCGCAGGAUGGUGGCUGUCUUUGACUAUAACCCCAAGGAGAGCUCUCCAAACACAGAUGUGGAGGCUGAACUGACUUUCAGUGCUGGGGACGUCAUCACUGUGUUUGGCUCCAUGGAUGAUGAUGGAUUCUAUUAUGGAGAGCUGAACCAACAGAGGGGGCUUGUCCCAUCCAACUUCUUGGAAGCUGCUCCUUCGGAUGGAGACGUGGGGGAGGAAUUUCACUCAAAAGAUAAAGAAGCUUCUCCUCUGAGUGCUGAGAGCCAGCUGAACCCAGAUGGAUGCAUUGAUCAGAGUGACUCCUCACCAACUCCUCCUUCUCCACCACCUUCCUGCCUUGUCCCGUGUCCAGAGCAGGCAUCGCUGCCCCUUCUCACCUGCAGCGACGACCCUGGGCAGAGUAAAAAGAAGAGAAGCUUCUUCUUCAAAGGGAAAAACCUCUUCAAAAAACUUGGGUCCAAUAAGAAAAACUAACAAGGGGGUUAUUCUGCACAGAGACUGAGAGUUCAGGAGAAACCCCCUGCAAUAAGCUGAUUAUUUUCAUAGGGAAGAAGUGUGACUUGAGAAAAUUGUGGAGUGGGUGUGGGAGCUGUGCCUGCUGAGAGCCCCCCCAGGGGGACAGUGGCUCUGGGGGUGUGAGGGCUGAUCUCUGGGGUGCAGCUCCCUCCAUGCACUGGUUCCCUGUAAAUAUUUUCAUUUCAGAAUUCUAUUCUGGCUGUAAUUUAGCUAACUGGCUUUUCCCAGCAAAGCCCCUUAGGAAGAGACCCCUUGUACUCCACCCCCUGGUAUUUCUUUGCUCCAAAGGAGCUCGUGGCAACUCCUUCACUUCCCGCAAAGAAAAGUUGCACUUUUCUGUUCCCUGACUCCCCUUUGCUGUCUCUGGGCUGACGAGUGAGUUCUGAUUUGUACUGUAAACUGUAAAUAUGCAGCUGUGCCUAGAGCAUCCCACACUGCCUCAGUCAGGAUCCAGCACCAGGAUAUUCCCAUGGAGGAAGGAACAGUGCCCUGCUGGGAGUUGGUCCUUCAGCGUCUGGCUUGGGCUGCUGAAAAGCUGCUCCCGCCUGGUCCACCUUGACCACGGCCUGGCUGGGGCCUCCGCCUUAUGAUUUGUUUAUUUAUCAGUUUAUUUAUGGGUUUCUUGAGCUCAUUAUUUAUUUCUCUAUUUAUUUAUUUAUUUGUUUAUUUAUUUCUUUCUCGGCCGCCUCUUCCCGCGGUUCCCUUGGGCUGUUUUCCAGGCUGCUCUGGAGCCUGGAGCGUUGGGAAGAGUGGGGCUGGGGGAUGGAUGGAGAGAGUUUGCAGCUGUUUUCCUGGGAGAUGAUGUGCUCCUGGAGUUCAGACACAUCCCUUUCCAAGCCAGGGAGGGUUUUGUACCACAUGGUUCCUGCCCUUUCCCGUGUUUCUUCCGUUGCAUGUUCCAGUUCCUUGUUUUUGGAAGGUGAGGUACGUGGGUGGUGCCAGCACAGUGUCCACGAGUGGUGGUGGUACAGUUUGUUUUUAUUUAAUAUCAAAUUUUAUUAUAAUAAAGUCUAUUUUCACAAAAAUACAUUUUCCUUAA